UGGUUUCAUGUUGGCGUUACGUUGGGUCGUUAUUCAGUCAGUUGGUAUUUCUGUCUGCAUCUUACACGGCUUACUGCACCAUGCGACCGUAAGGGUGCAGACAACCGGUUAGGGUCGUUAUUCAGUCAGUGGGUAUUUCUGUCUGCGUCUUACACGGCUUACUGCACCAUGUGACCUCAAGGGCGCAGACAACCGGUUAGGGUCGUUAUUCAGUCAGUGGGUAUUUCUGUCUGCGUCUUACACGGCUUACUGCACCAUGUGACCUCAAGGGCGCAGACAACCGGUUAGGGUCGUUAUUCAGUCAGUGGGUAUUUCUGUCUGCGUCUUACACGGCUUACUGCACCAUGUGACCUCAAGGGCGCAGACAACCGGUUAGCACCGAGUAAAAGGUCAAAAGAUGAUAUGGAAAGAAGCAGUGGCAUAUUUUGGUAGUGUCGCAACAUCUGCCCUUCGGGCCUGGGGAAAUACGCAGUCAGGAAAGCGAGGGGUAACGAACCCGGGACCGCCUUGGUGUGCUGUUACGUAACGCGACUGGGCAAGCCGUGGUGAGGGCCAGACGGCGGACAACUGCGGCCAGUGGAGCAAGUGCGGGGUGAUGUUCGGCUGUGUCCUCGUUUUUUCCCGGGACUGCACGGCUACCAGGGCCGGCCCGAUCGGCUCAUAAGGCAAGAAGACUGAACAGACACAAGAUGAUCAGCCUCAAAGUCAUCUUCAAGGCGGUGAUCUUUCAUUUCACGAUUGUCGUCACGGCGAUUGAGACGAACACGGUCACUUUGAGUGCACCUGCGACCACAGCGAAGUCGCUGACAGGUGCGACUGGAGAUGAUUAUGAAGACAUCAUGACUACAAAUUUUACACAGACCCUCACGUAUGUGGACAACGUGAACAAAUUAAACAUAAGUUCACAAGAUUUCGUAUCUGCAUUUGACCUAUCAAGUUAUCAAAACAACUGCACACAAACUUAUGAGAAUGUAGACGAAUAUCAGUACAUUUCGUACAGUGGACAAUUUCCUGAGCAGUUGGCGGGGCUGGCCUCGGAGCUGCGCGACGAAUUUCAUGCACUCAUAACAACUGCCAUGCUUUUCACUUGCAGCAACAAUGAAACUACAGGACUUGACGUCAUCAAUAUGUCGCGAGCAUACGUGGAGAAAUGCAAGGAAUUUGUCGAGGAACUUAACGGCAGAAUGCUUGAUCAAAACACAACAGAAAUGCAAGAACUGAGCAUUCUUGAUCCAGAAUUAUAUGGGACAAGCAUAGGACAUGCUCAGUCUGUGAUGAGAGUCGUUGAACGCUUGAUAGAAAUGAUAACAGACGAAGAAAAAACUGAUGCACUGAAUCGAAUAAUUUACCAAAUUCAUGAAGAAAUGCACUUUUGCAACGAAACUUUAGCGUGGGACGGCAUUGUCAGGGCGUUUAUGGAAAUGAAGAACUUUCUGAUGACUCGUUUGGAGAGGGCAGAGAACCUGUCGGAAUAUUUUGAAGCAAACGUGUUCCUAAAUGGCAUCGUACCCAACCAUACUGCACGCUUCCUUGACGUACUUUACUGGAGAGACGAAGUAAAGGCAGCAGAGGGGACGAUACACAGGUAUGAGGGAUACCGCUCUAAAGCGCAGGGAAAUCAGAUUAUAAUCAAGUCGAAGCGUAUUAUCACCGUGAUUGUUUUUGCCGUUGGUAUAACGGGAAAUGGACUGCUGCUAAUGAUCUUCAUCAGGCACAAAGAAACUCGGACACUUCCAAACUCCAUGCUGAUAAACUUGACUGUUGUGGACUGUGUAUCACUGGUUGUAAACCUGAUUCUGGAAUACGCACGUGUAACCACGUGCUGGUCAUUUGGUCUGUUGGUCUGUAAGCUCUACUACUUGCUUCGUUACGUGUUAAUCGGUGUUAGCACUUAUUCCGUGGUGAUGAUAAGUGUUCAGAGGUUCAUGGCCGUCGCACAAACGUCUUCAACAAGCAAGUGUUACUUGGGCAAGAAAACAAAGUACGUCCACAUAGCAAUCGUGUGGGGACUGGGCUUCGUUCUGUCCGUGCCCCACAGUGUUGUUGCUAACCUUAACAGAGGACUUUGUUACGAGCUUUCGUUUGAAAACUACGGUCCUGUGAGUACAUCUGACCUCGUGAUGGUGUGUCUGAUCCCUGUGAUCACUGUUGCCGUGUUCUCAGGGUUGACAGCGGCUCGGAUAAGGAGAAGUGUUCGUAACAUCCCUGGCGAGGGGACGGGGCUGAAGCACACAACACACCAUGGUAUGGUGUCCUCAAGCAUUCUGGUUGCACUUGUGGUUUUAUUCGUAGUCAGUUACACCCCGGAUUUCCUGUACAAGUUUCUAAUCACUGAGGUCCACAUUCAGACCACUGAUUGGGACUUCAAUACGCUUAACUUGGUCACGUAUUAUCUCCGAUUCGUGAACUGCUGUUUGAAUCCGUUGGUUUUGUUUGUGAUGAGCAAACGAUACAGAACUUACAUUAAGAGAGACGCUUUCUGUGGAGACAGGAAGGCACAGCCGGGAAGUAAAAGUGAAACCAUUACGGAAACUGUAUUAUAAAGAUGCGUGAGUUAUCGUAAUUCCUUGUUUGCACAAGUCAGCAUACAGGUCAUGCUCUUCAUCUAGACAGAAAGUGAUGAAAUUUGUUACUGCAGAGUUGUUCAAAAACUUCUGAAAAGAAUUAUAAGGCAUUCAAAAGGGUCUGUACGCUUAAAGUUUAAACAUUGUGAUCGCAAAUAAAAUACGAAUCUAAGUAAGGUUA